CUUCAUCCCAGCCCAUGACCUUUUUUUCCCUUCUUUCCCAUGUAUCUCCCUGGUACGCCUUCUUUGACGACGACUCCUACAGCUGCCAUUCUUCUUCUCUUCUCUUCAUCAUCCAUGAUCUCUUCCUCCAGUGUUACUUGUUCUCCAUCUUUUUAUGUAACCAGGCCCACCCCCGCUUGAGGAGAGCAAGUCCCUCAACCAUGAACUUUGACUAUACGCCUCCUCAUCCGUAUUAUUUCCAGCCUCUGUAUCCUGAUUCUACUCCCACUGCUGCUGCUACUGCUCCUGCUGCCGCUACUACCACCACCACCACUACUACCGCUGCUGCGACGGUGCUAGAACGGUCCUCUUCUGACUGUGCCUAAGCCUGUUUUAUAUUAUUCCUCCUCUUCCCAUUCCUUUCCCCUCUCACUACGUUUUCCCCCUCCAAGCUUCCCCCCCGCCUUUGACCUGAUAUCCCGUCGUCUCCAAUCCAGUAUCAAUCUAUAUGCAUGUAACAUCUCUUACUUUUCUUCUGAGUACUUUCUUCUUGUGAAAUUCCACAUCCGUCUUACUGCGAUGAAAUGGUUAAUUACCUCUUCUUCUACUUCUGUCCUCCCCCUUUCCCUCUUUUCUUUUUCUCCUGUCCCCCUCCAUCUGCCACGCCGUGGUAUGCGCCCGUGUCAUCGUUGCUUUCUGGUGUAACCAAAGCUUGCUUCUCUAGAUUUUGACAGGCCAAUCUUCACGGGACAUCUUGGAACAGCAGUUUUGCUAAUCUCCUAAGCAUGUGUAUCUACAGAUGAAUCAACGCAGCGUGAUUGGG